GGCGACAUGAUCAACCAGGUUUAUCGAUAGGCAAGCAGAGGAAGGCCAACUGGAGCCAUACCUAGGCGCAGAUGGCUCAGGGUUCAAAUGUAAACAUGCGGCCCCAAAGCCGGGCCUUUUCUUCUGCAGCAAAACCCGAGCCGCCAACGUGCAUCCAUAACUAGAUACCAAACAGCUUACCAUGGAGCUUGAACCCCAUCUCACAAAGAUCUUCAUCGACAAUGAGUAUGUCGAUUGUCGAAACGAUAAGACCAUAUCUGUCUACAAUCCGGCAACACGCGAGCUGGUGAGCGACAAAAUCCCUGUGGGCGGGCAAGAAGACAUCAAUGCCGCGGUCAAGGCCGCUUUGAAGGCAUGUGAGCAUGGAUCGCCCUGGCAGAGCAUGACAGGCCAGGACCGGCAGAAGAUCCUCCUGAAGUUCGCCGAUAUUCUCGAGGCAAACCAAGAGUACCUAGCCAAACUCACCCGCCUAACCCUGGGCGCACCGUAUCGCCCAUUCGGCAAGUCUGAGAUUGAUACUGCAAUUGGAUGCUUCCGCUAUUAUGCUGGCUGGACGGACAAGUACGCAGGCCAGUCCUUCCCAGCUGAUGACGGCUUCUACAAGAUUGUCCGGAACGAACCUCUAGGUGUCGUUGCAGGCAUUAUCCCUUGGAAUGGUCCGAUCGCUUCGGUAGGACUCAAGGCCGCCCCAGCGCUAGCAACGGGAAAUGUCUUCAUCCUAAAACCAAGUGAGAAGACGCCCCUAGCCGCAGCUGCCCUGGGCAAGCUGAUUAUCGAGGCCGGAUUCCCACCUGGUGUCUUCCAGGUUGUGACGGGUGACGGCACCACGGGGGCGCUGCUUGCAUCGAACAUGCAAGUCGCCAAGGUCAGCUUCACUGGCAGUAUCGCCACCGGCAAGGCCGUCCAGGUGAUGGCAACCAAGAGCAACAUGAAGCGAGUGACUCUAGAGCUCGGCGGCAAGAGUCCCGCUGUGGUCUUUGACGAUGCUGAUUUGGAAAAUGCUGUGAAGUGGACGGUGAACGCCCUGACUACCAACUCAGGACAGAUAUGCUUCGCCGCGACGCGGGUAUACGUUCAGGCUGGGAUCUACGACAAAUUCAUCGAAGCAUAUGUCGAGGGGUUCAAAAACAAGAUGAAGAUGAUGGGCAACCCGGACGAUGCCAAUAGCGAAAUUGGUCCUGUCGUGGAUAAGGCCCAGUACGACAGGAUCAUGAACAUCAUCUGUACGGCCCAAGAUGAUAGAGAAGGGACCUUGCUUGCUGGGGGGUCUUCACUAGACUCAGAAAAGGGGUAUUACAUCCAGCCAACCGUGUUUUGCAACACUCGGCCCGACGCCCCCAUUUACAAGGACGAGAUCUUUGGUCCUGUUGCCGUCAUUAACAAGUUCGAAUCGGAGAGAGACGUGGUACGCCGGUCAAACGAUAGCCGGUACGGGCUGAUGGCCGGCGUGUUUACCCAGGACAUCAACCGGGCACUGCGUGUUAGCUCCCGGUUUGAUUCAGGGGUGGUGGGGAUCAACUGUAUAAGUCAUAUCCAUUUCUCGUGCCCAUUUGGAGGGACAAAGGAGAGCGGCCUGGGGAGGGAGAUGGGAGAGCAUGCCUUGAGGGCUUACACGGAGCCCAAGACUGUCUUAAUCAACAUGAACUAUUAGUUGAACUUGGAAGCGGAUAGCAACUCAGUUAUACUAUUUAACUUCGCGCUUUGCAGCCCCAAGAUUGCGACCUUGGGGUAUAUGCCUACGAGCUCAAUGUCUUUAACGAUAGCCGAUGGGUCAGCCGACCGGUCACCCCCGCCGUCACCUUAAAUGACAACAGGUUUAGCG